AUGCGCGUCUUGCGGCCGGCCAAGGUUGGGAUCAAUAUAGGAUGGAGAUUCUGCAUCGGCGCUUUUGUUCUCAGCGCAGCUUGGGGAGUCGGCUCCGCAAUCGGCGUCGGUGCUGGAUGUGAAGGCAGAAGUGUAUUGUUCGUCAACAGCAGUUUGGAAUGUCCGGAACAGAUUAUCACAGCACUCGACGUCAUCACCGACGUGUUGCCCUCCCUCAUUCCUGCAGCGCUGGUCAUUCCUCUCAACAUGCCGCUGGGAGACAAACUUCAGGUCUGCGUUGCAUUCGGGUUCCGCCUGAUCGUCAUCCCCUUCUCGGUCCUGCACCUCUCGAGCAUCGCGGAUUUUGUGCAAUCUACGGACCCGCCACUGGAAAGCACCGCGGCUCUGACCAUGCAGCAGAUCAUGCUAUUCAGCUCGCUCCUCACAUCCACCAUCCCCAACAUGAAAGGCUUUAUGAGUUCCUUUUCGAUGGGCAUGGGCGUCAAGCUGUUCGAGUCUGAGGCAAAAACAAACCCGUCGCAGCAGUCAUAUGCGCUACAGACGAUCGGUGGCAGCUCAACCAUCAAACCGCCCCGCAAAAGUGGCUACGUGAGCAGGGUGAGACCAGCCAAGAGCAGAACAGACGUUCACAUAUUGCCAACUGAUGGAUCUGCCUACGAAAUGGGCCGCGCCGAUUCCGACAGCCAAGCAAAUGCUGAUGGGGGCAGUAACGCUAGCCGCCGCGGGAGCCAAGAGCGGAUCAUCGGGAAGACGGGUUCAUAG